AUGCAGCUUUCCUAUGCCUCCGUUCUUUUGGCGCUUGCCGCCAGUGCCGCCGCCAGGCUGCACAGCGUCGCCGUCUGCGUCACGGGCAGGAAGACUUCGCCCUCCGGCGGCACCCCCUUCAGCCCCAGCUACACCUGGGCGAAGAACUACGAGAUCCUGCCCGCCGCGACCAAGUGCGCCUGCGACCAUUACAAGGCUCGCAACACGGGCAACAACAAGUGGGACAAGUGCCCGGACUGCCACUUUGACGGCAUUGGAUGCAACUCGGCCGCCUGGCACAUCGGCGGCGACGAGUUCACGUACUACUGCGAGAAGAAGUGCGGCGCCCAGGGUGCCGAGGCAAACUAA